AUGCAGCAUAUACCGGCACUAGAGUUAUCUUCUAACUCAAAAUUCUCGAAUGAUGAAUGGGAAAGAGAGCAGAUUGAAUGUCUUACCACUCCUUACGCCCAAAGACACACUCAGACACGGUCCCUACGAGAAGAGCAACCCCCUAAGCGUCACUCAGCCAGUAUAAGUGACCUAGACGCCCUCCUUGACCUUCUGCCUUACAUCCACUCUAAUCCAUUAACGUCGGAGCACGAACUUACUAGAUACCUUGAAAAGCGUACGUUAUAUUCACUGUUAUUACGAGCAGGAAUACUAAUACCUAUGAUAGCAAGGAGAAAGGAAUAUAAGAAUGAAUUCCUAAUUCUUUCCAGUGUUGCUCGCGACAUUCUCUCUAUUCCUGUAAUAGGCGCUGGAGUUAAACGUCUUUUCAAUUCAGCACGGGAUGUCUGCCACUACCGACGUGGGCGGCUGAGUGCGAAGACAGUCCAGGAUAUCAUGAUGUUCCGGUGUAAAACCCAGUUCGACAUUAAAAUAGAAGAACUACCCGAUGAGGAUACGUCCUUGGAUUCAAUGCAAGAAGCAGACGAACAGAGAGAGGCUGAGCUUACCACUAACAUGCCUAAACCAAUCAGCGAUAGUGAGGAUUCCGAGGAUAAUGAUCCUGUUGGACUGAUCGAGCAUGAGUUUAUAAUGGAGAGUCAGCUUCCUCGUCCUUCUAUAGUGCUAAGUACGCGGAAGCGACAGAGAAGUGAGCUAGUCGACAGCGAAGAUGAGAGUAGUCCUCAUCUCCCUCAUUAUGGAGAUAAGGGUAGCACUCAAAAGCGCCCUGGUUUAAGAGAAGCAAGGAAGCGUGGCAAACCCAAUAAUGAUCAAUUUAUAUCGUAUUAG